AUGACCCAGGCAACGGUCAGCACCAGCGUGGAUCGCGUGCAUACCGCAGGGGCUCGGAAGACAGCGACAACAACCACCACCACGACCACGACCACAGCCACAACACCACAGGAUGUCUCUACAGAGCUGGCGGAGCUGGCUACCACAAGAAGCAAAUACCGCCAUUUCGCGGCAUAUCACUCCAGGAUACGCCCGUCGUGCCUGAGCAGGGAUUCCACAACCAACCCGAGCUUCAUCGGCUUUCGCAAUCUGAUGGUGAUUGUUCUAAUUGUGAUGAAUCUACGGCUUGUCGUUGAGAAUUUCAUGAAGUAUGGCGUUCUUAUUUGUAUCAAAUGCCACGAUUACCGACGAAACGACGUGUUCCUCGGCUCCAUCCUGUUCGCUCUUGUCCCAUGCCAUCUGUUCGUGGCGUACAUCAUCGAAUUGGCCGCUGCGCAGCAGGCCAAGGGCGCUCUGGGCCGGAAACGAAAGAGCGACAAUGUCGCCGUGCAGACCGAAAAGGAGCGACGCACUUUCCAGGCAACCUGGCGCAUUAUCGCGUUUGCGCAUACCGUCAAUGCGACUCUGUGCCUGGCGGUGACAAACUUUGUAGUAUACUACUACGUGCAUCACCCGGGUAUUGGCACCAUCUGUGAAUUCCACGCCAUCAUCGUAUGGCUCAAGAACUGCUCGUACGCGUUCACCAACCGCGAUCUUCGCCUUGCCAUGCUACACCCCUCGGAGCAGCAAUCGUCGAAGCUGCCCGAAAUCUACUCGACAUGCCCAUAUCCGCAGAAUAUCCGCAUUGGCAAUCUUGUCUACUUCUGGCUUGCGCCUACAUUGGUCUACCAGCCCGUGUAUCCGCGCACGCAGCAUAUCCGCUGGGGGUUUGUGGGCAAACGACUGGGUGAAUUUGUGGUUCUGUCCGUGUUUAUCUGGCUCACCUCCACGCAGUACGCGGCGCCCGUACUGCGCAACUCGCUCGACAAGAUCGCCGUGCUGGACUUUGCAUCGAUCAUCGAGCGCAUCAUGAAACUGUCGACGAUCUCGUUGGUGAUCUGGCUGGCCGGGUUCUAUGCGUUUUUCCAGUCGCUGCUCAAUGCAUUGGCUGAGAUCAUGCGGUUUGGCGACCGCGAGUUCUACUCGGACUGGUGGAACAGCUGGGGUGUUGGGAUGUACUGGCGGUCGUGGAAUAAGCCGGUGUAUCUGUUUAUGAAACGGCAUAUCUACUCGCCGCUUGUUGGGCGGGGCUGGAGUCCGUUUGCGGCGAGUAUCAUGGUGUUUUUGUUCUCGGCGGUUCUGCACGAACUGCUGGUGGGCAUUCCCACGCACAAUCUCAUUGGCGUGGCUUUUGCAGGCAUGCUGCUGCAGCUGCCACUCAUCACGGCAACCAUGCCCCUCGAGCAAAAGGACGACGCGACGACGAGAAUCAUCGGGAAUUCGGUGUUCUGGAUAUCGAACCCGCUCUUAAUUGAUUGUCCUUUGAGAAUGGUUUCCAUCACGCUGCCAGACAACUAUGGCGCCGUCAUCGCCAUCGCCCUCGGCGUCAUCCCCGUCCUGUCCUUCGUCCAGGGCUCCGUUGUAGGCGUGCUUCGCAAGAAAGCCCAGGUUCCCUACCCGCACAGCUAUGCGACUGUCGAGCAGUGCAAGGCCAAUCCCAAUGCCUACCGCUUCAACUGCGCCCAGCGCGCUCACGGCAACCUCCUCGAGAACAUGCCCCAGACAAUCGCGUACAUGCUCGUGGCCGGCCUGAAGUGGCCCAAUGCCUCUGCUGCGCUCGGCGCGGCGUGGGUUGUGUCGCGCGCGCUGUAUGCGCAUGGGUACAUCACUUCGACCAAGCCCAACGGCAGCGGACGGCACAAUGGCGUUACAUUCUGGCUGUGCCAGGGCGCUCUCUGGGGGAUGGCUGUGUUUGGCGUUGGUCGGGAAUUGCUGAGCCUUUGA